AUGUGGAUUCUUCCCCUCUUGGGGUACACCGGCCUCAUAUUAGGGUUCGCAUUUCUUACCCUCUCCAUUGCAUCGGGCCUCUACUACCUCUCUGAGCUCGUUGAAGAGCACACAGUCUUCAGUGCAAAACUACUCAAGCGCCUCAUUUAUGCCGUCGUCAUUGCACAGUUGCUUCUCUGGCUCGUCGAUGGAUUCCCCUGGUAUCUCAUCUUGCUGGGGGUUGCCAGUCACGGCGUCUACGCGACGAAUCUGCGGCAUUUUCCCAUCGUGAAAUUAUCGGACCCUUUUUUCCUUACGAGCUGUGCCUUGGUUAUACUUAACCAUUGGUUAUGGUUCAGACACUUCAGCGAUGCAACCACAAGAGGAGGUCCAUACAGGGGUGCUCCACCCAGCAGCAGGCGAGAUUGGUAUUCGACAACUCCCAUAUAUGAUCAACCUACUUUCACCGAGAUUGCAUCAUACUUUGGACUGUGCGUGUGGCUCGUCCCAUUUGCGCUCUUCGUUAGUCUCAGUGCCGGAGAGAAUGUCUUGCCAAGCAUGGGAUCCGAAUAUGCCACAGGAGAACGAGAGGGCGUCGGUUUUAAGAAGGGCCAUAGGAGGAAGAAUACAGGAAUGGCCAAGGCAGCUGUACACGCUACCAGAGAAUGGGUUACAGAGACAGGCGCUGUGAUGGGGUUCUGGCACGCCGAUAACGUCCGGCCUGUAUAA